AUGGAUCUGAACGACAAGUUUCGAUGCUGCUGCAACUGCGUGCACGUCACUACAGGAACAUUUAUAUUGGCGGAAGUAUGGUUUUGCAUAUGCAUUGCGGAUUUCGUCCUGAACUAUAUAUAUUCGACAGAAUACGUGGCGUUGGUAUUUGUGGCACUUGUGCUCAAUGGUUUUUUUGAACUUCUAAUGAUUAUUGGAAUCUACAAGACUCUUCCAAAACUCGUUCUUUCUUACUUCGUAUUUCUGAACUUCCUCUACGGCUUUUUUCUUUGCCUCAUCGCUCGCGAGGUAACGACACUGGUUUUGGCACUUAAAACUUCUCACAGAAAUGGACUAAUGGCGAGUGUCAUCUUCAUGGCUACAUGUGGCAUUGAACUGGCCUAUGCAGUUUGGAUGAACGUAAUUAUCUUCAAAUGCUACAAGUACCUGAAGUACAGAAAGACGAACAUUUUGAACUCUAUCGUCAAACGCCGCUUAAGUACCGUUCGUAAACUGCGAUGGCCAGCACAACUCUAUACAGGUGAUGUGCUUCCGUUUCACCUGCGAUGCCACUCUACGUCAUACCCUGGGCCACAAAUAUCGACGAUUGAAGAUAUUCGAGGGAAAAACUUACGAAAGAACAAAAUUAAACCGGUUCAUAAACGGCUCGAAGGUUCACAACUACCGCCAUAUGCAAGUGCAUCUGCUUUCGGUCAGUGGGUGCAUUCUAACUCGAAGAAGAAUCGUUCUGGGCGGACAUACUCUGAACCGUGA